AUGGAGCUUCCCGAUCCCUAUUUGCCGGGCGCAAUCAGCCUUCUCGACCAGUUGGAUAAGAAGUUGAUCGUCGUGUUGCGGGAUGGCCGAAAAUUAAUAGGUUACCUCCGAUCAAUUGACCAAUUUGCAAAUCUCAUCUUGGACGAAGUGGUUGAGAGAACUUUUUGCGACAAAUUCUACAGCGACAUCCGGCACGGUUUCUUGUUGAUACGAGGCGAGAAUGUGGUGCUGGCCGGGGAGAUUGACGAGACCCUGGAUACCGGAUUGAAAGAGAUCACUGGCAAUGAAAUGACGAUGUUACAAGAAGAACGGAGCCGUCACCAUAAUAGAAAGCACGACCUGCCAAAAGCGGAGCCGCAAAGAAAAACGAAGCACGCAGACAUGGAUGAUGCUUCAUUCCUUACAAAGUUCAUUCUUGCUGUGUUUUUGUUCUCAAUUGAAAAUUUCUCAAUUUUUCAGGCGGCUGAGAAGGCGCAUUUUUUGUGGCGGCUGAAGGUUUCAACAGGAAAGAUUAAUUUUGCACGUCACUUUCGCAGAGGGAUGGCCCAGCUCCACAAAGUGGUCUUCGUGCUCGGGCCUCCCGGAUCCGGCAAGGGGACGCAAUGUGCCCUCAUUCAAAAGAAUUUGGGUCUUGUCCACCUGUCGGCUGGUGAUUUGUUGCGAGCAGAGCGCCAGCGACCGGAUUCUGAAUACGGCCGAUUGAUUGACGAGCACAUCAAGAAUGGUUCCAUCGUGCCGGUGGCGAUUACGUGUGCACUUCUUGAAAAUGCGAUGAAGGCUUCGGGCGACUCGGCCGGGUUCCUGAUCGACGGCUUCCCCCGGAACCAGGAUAACCUAGACGGAUGGCAAAAGGAGAUGGCAGAUAAGGUAGACGUCCGGUUCUGCCUCUUCCUUUCGUGCGAAACGGGUGUUUGUGUAGAUCGUUGCUUGCAUCGAGGGCAGGGAAGAACCGACGACAACGAAGACUCGCUCCGACUGCGCAUCGACACGUACAACACCCAGACAUUCCCGAUCAUCCAGCACUACGAGAAGCUCGGCCUCGUCCGCGAAGUCAAGACUAACCGCGACCCCCAAGACGUGUACGUCGACGUUGAGAAGGUCUUCAAAGAAGACGGAUUC